AUGGCGAGAUUCACGGUGAAGAUUGCGGCGGUGUUGCUGGCUUUUAUUGUGGCGGCGCCUGGGCCGGAAGUGACGGCGAAGAAGUAUGUAGUCGGCGACAACAAGUCUUGGAAACCCAACAUCAACUACACCAUUUGGGCUCAGGGAAAGCAUUUCUACCUCGGAGACUGGCUCUAUUUCGUGUACGACCGAAACCAGCACAACCUUUUGGAGGUGAACAAGAGAGACUACGAAAGGUGCAUCUCCGACCAUCCUAUCCGAAACUGGACACGUGGAGCUGGGAGAGACGUCGUCACUCUCAAUGUGACCAAGCAUUACUAUCUACUCGACGGAAGGGGUGGCUGUUAUGGCGGCAUGAAGCUUACUGUUAAAGUAGAGAAGAAUCCCCAUUCAAUCUUAUGA